UAUCAAUAGCUAGUAAUUAUAUCCAUUCGUUCAUACCAUCUAGUCAAAGUUAAGUUGCUCUGAUAGUUACCUAUUUCUAAAAACAAAAAAAUCAAUUGUGUUCAACAUUACCCCUCAUUUUCAUUAACCACACAACAAACCAACAACAAAUAUGACAAGACCAAGAUAUCUAACCGAUAGUGAAAGAGCCAAAGUUCUUGAAUUCCAAGAUAUGAUCCAUUAUAGUCCAAGAUACAGUGACGAUAGCCAUGAAUAUAGACAUGUGAUGUUACCUAAAAAUAUGUUAAAAGUGAUUCCUCAAGAUUAUUUCAAUCCCGAAACUGGAACUUUACGAAUACUAUUAGAAGAAGAAUGGAGAGGGUUAGGUAUAACUCAAUCAUUAGGGUGGGCUCAUUAUGAAACCCAUGCUCCUGAACCUCAUAUUUUGUUAUUCAAAAGACCUAACAAUUAUGGUCAAUAAAUAAAAAUGAUUCACUCAUUCAUUCAUUCAUUCAUUCAUUCAUAUCCUCCUCCCUAAUGUGCAUAGUCUUUAUCAUUAAUCCAUGUUUAUUUAUUUCAUUAUCUACUACCCAAACUUAUCAUUUAAAUCAUCAUCCCAACCAAGCAUACCUUAAUAUACCCCCUUUUAGUUCGUGAGGUUAGUGUGUGUGUAUAUGUUUUGUAUAUGUACUUUUGGGUAUAUAUAUUAUAUAUUAUGUAUAUGCCCUGUUAUU